AUGUAUUAUAAAGGGACUCCCCCAGCCCUCGGAGAUGCAGCAGAGCAGCAGCAGCAGCAGCAGCAGCAGCAGCAGCAAGAAGACACUCUUAGGGGGGCCCCCCAGGGGGCCCCCCUGCCAGAGGGCCCCCUGUGGAGCCCCAGAAGGGGCCUCCCGGGGGGCAGUUCUGUGCUGCAGCAGCAGCUGCAGCGCAGCAGCAGCAGACAGUCGAUGGGGUUUACUGUGUCUUUGUCCCAGCCCGCAGCAGCAACACCAGCAGCAGCAGCAGCAGCAGCAGCAGCAGCUGAGGAGCAAGGGCGGCGCUUGCCCCGUCGCAGAAGCUGCUGCUCUUGCUGCUCGUUUUCUGCUUCUGCAACAGCAGCAGCAGCAGCGUCGCAGCAGCAGCAGCAGCAGCAGCAGCACGCUUCGCCCUUCAGCAUGCGAGUGUUCAGUCAGCCAGAACCUUCAGCAGCAGCAGCAGCAGCAGCAGCAACAGCAGCAGCAGCAGCAGCAGCAGUAACGCCAACAGCGUGCCGCUUUCGCACGCGGCCGCUCCCCCGCAGAAGCAGCACGCAGCCGGAUCUCUAUGGAUUAAGGCAGCAGCAGCAGCAGCAGCAGCAGCAGCAGCAGCAGCAGCAGCAGCAGCAGUUGGGGUUUCGAGCAAAUGCUCUGUCACCAGUGUAUCCCUCUCCCAGCGGGUCCCAGUCAUCCGUGCUGCUGCCUUCCGCAGCAGCAACUGCAGCAGCAGCCACUGCAGCAGCAGCAGCAACUGCAGCAGCAGCAGCAACUGCAGCAGCAGCAGCUGAGCGGCCCCGCACGCGGCGACGGUCAACAAGCCCCAUGGGGCUGCUGCAGUGGCGCAGCACUCCAGUGUACGCGCCUGCUGCUGCUGCUGCUGCUGCUGUUGGCUCGCCUUUGGGGGCAGCAGCAGCGGGAGCUGCAGCAGAUGUGGCAGCAGCAGAAGCAGCAGCAGCAACUGCAGCAGCAGCAGCAGCAGCAGCAGAGGCUGACUGCUGCAAAAGGAGACGCGUCGGGGCGGCGCAUGCAGAGGCAGCAGGUGUACAUACACCUGAAACUGAAAUGCUGUUUGUCACCCCCCACUCUUCCCCGCUGCGGCCGCAGCUGCAUGCAGCAGCAGCAGCAGCAACAGCAGCAACAGCAGCAGCAGCAGCAGCAGCAGCAAGUGCGGCUGCAGCAGACAGUGCAGAUGCUGAGGAGUCGCUGGCGGACGAAGAAAUGCCUUGCGUCGUGUGGAGCCCAUCCGCUACGCGCGACAGCAGCAGCAGCAGCAGCAGCAGCAGCAGCAGCAGCAGCAGCAGCAGCAGCAGCGCGCUGCAGCUGGGAAUGGCAUACUGCUCUCCUGCUGCUCUCUCGCUGCAGCAGCAAAGGCGGCGCAGGUCUUCUUUGGGGCUGCUUUUCCCUUUGUCGGGCCCCCGCAGUUCGCUGCUGCUGCCGCGAAGGCCCUGCGAGGCGCAGCAGCAGCAGCAGCAGCAGCAGCAGCAGCAGCAGCAGCAGCAAGGUGAAGCGGCGCUCACGACUGAGGGAAGGACGAAGACAAGAAAGACAGAGGGGCCUUCUGCUUGCGGCGGGGAUGGAAGCAGCAAGGGCGAUUGCAGCAGCAGCAGCAGCAGCAGCAGCAGCAGCAGCAGCAGCAGCAGCAAAAUCAGCAGCACGUGCGGUAGCAGCAGCAGCUCUAACAGCGAGAAAUGCAGUAGCAGCAGCACAAGCAGCAACGACUGCAGCAACAGCGCCACCCUUUCAGAGGAAGCAGCUAAUAAGGAGCCUGCAGGCGCAGCAGCAGCAGCAGCAGCAGCAGCAGCAGCAGCAGGGGAGGAUGCGAUCCGCACCCCAGAACGAGCAUCAUCUGCUCCAGCAGCAGCAGCAGCAGCAGCAGCUGCUGCUGCUGCUGCUGCUGCUGCUGAAGCGUCGUCUUCUGCUUCUACGCGCAAGCGCCGAAGAGGCACAGAUGACUCGGGUGUCUGUCCCCGUGCAGCAGCAGCAGCAGCAACAGCAGCAGCAGCAGCAACAGCAGCAGAAGCAGCAGCAGAGAGUGAAACGGCCCCAGCAGCGGUUGAAGCGGCAGCCGCCGCAGCAGCAGCAGCAUCUCCCGCAGCAGCAGCAGCAGCAGCAGCAGCAGCAGCAGCAUCUCCCGCAGCAGCAGCAGCAGCAGCAGCAGCAGCAGGCAGCAGCCCUUCUGAGCUCUCUCCUAUAAAGAGGCAGCGGCGGCGCAGCCACGGAGGGGGGGCUCUUGCUGCUGCUGCUGCUGCAGCAAGGCUGCUGCUGCUGUGUCAGUCUUAUGCAGACACAAACGAAGUGCUGCCUUCUUUGGGGGCCCCUGCGUUGUCUGUGGAGGAGACAAAGCUGCUGCGGCAGCAGCAGCAGCAGCAGCAGCUGCUGCUGCAGCAGCAGCUGGAGAAGCAGCGAAGGGAACGCGAAGAAAAAGAAAGGCAGCUGCAGCAGCAGCAAGAGGAAGAGAGACGCAAGCAGCAGCAGCAAGAGCAGGAGAGGCUGCAGCAGCAACAGCAGCAGCAAGAGCAAGAGAGGCUGCAGCAGCAACAGCAGCAGCAAGAGCAAGAGAGGCUGCAGCAGCAACAGCAGCAGCAAGAGCAAGAGGGGCUGCAGCAGCAAAAGCAGCAGCAGCAACAGCAGCAACAGCAGCAACAGCAGCAGCAGCAGCAGGAGCAACAGCAGCAGCAGCAGCAGCAAGAUCAGGAGAAUAUUCAGCAGCAGCAGCAGCAGCAGAAGCUUAACCUCGGAUUCUCCAGCGCUGGUGGCUUCUCGCCUAUCGUGGCAGCACCUCGUGCAGCAGCAGCAGCAGCAGCAGCAGCAGCAACAGCAGCAGAACCUGCUGCAGCAAGGCCGCUGUUCUCCGUUCCUGCGGCUUCCACGCCAGGUGCUGCUCCUGCAGCAGCUGCUGCUGCUCCUACAGCAGCUGCUGCUGCUCCUGCAGUUGCGCCUGUUGCUUUUGCUGCAUUGGCAGCUGCUGCUGCUCCUGCUGCAGCAGCAGCAGCAGCUGCUGCUGCUGCUGCACCUGGGGGGCCUUCGGCGGAAGGGCUCGAUGAAGAAAUGGGAGACAGCAAAGGGAGCCGAAGAGUGCUGCGGAUUGUGCGCAAGAAGGACCCUCUGCAGCAGCAGCAGCAGCAACAGCAACAGCAGCAGCAGCAACAGCAGCAGCAGCAGCAACAGCAGCAGCAACAGCCACUGUUUUCGCAGUUCUCGCAGCAGAACGGGAAGGCUGUGCGACCGGCGCUGCAGCUGCAGCACCAGCCCUUGCUACAGCAGCAGCAGCAGCCCAUGUUUGGCCAGCAGCAGCAGCAGCAGCAGCAGCAGCAGCAGCAGAUGCUGCAGGGCGGGGGAAGCGCUUCUGGCUUUGGGAUGUUCCACCAAAUGCAGCAGCAGCCCCAGCAGCAGCAGCAGCAGCAGCUACUGCAGCAGCAGCCCCAGUGUCUGCCUGGCGGGCUGAUACCUGGAUUUGGGCCUGCUGCUGCAGCAGCAGCAGCAGCACAGCCUGGUGCUGCUGCAGCAGCAAACUGCUUCGCAAUGGGCAGCAGCAGAAGCAGCAGAGGCAGAGGGCGCGGCAGGGGACGCCGCUAA